CGGCGGCAGUUCUCCGGCACGCCCGCUGGGGGCGCCCUGGUGCGAGUGCGCCUUGGCAUUCCCGACCCCGGGAAUAAUCCUGCUGAGUCUCGCAGGCGGAUCCGGGGUUGCUGCUGCUGCUGCUGCUGCUCUCGCGGGCGAAGCGAGCAAGCAAGGAAGGAAGGAAGCGGAGCGGAGCCGCGGAGAGCAGCUGCCAGCCCCGGGCCGACGAGGGUCGCGCUUCCUGCCGGGCGCGUCCGCCUUGCAACAUGAACACCAUCAAGAACGUGCCCGCGCGGGUGCUCAGCCGCCGAGGGGGGCACAGCCUGGAGGCGGAGAGGGAGCAGUUUGACAAGAACCAGGCUAUGAGCAUCAGCAAAGCAAUCAACACUCUGGAAGCGCCAGUCAAAGAGAAACAUGCCCGCAGAAUUAUUCUGGGGACUCAUCAUGAGAAAGGAGCAUUUACUUUUUGGUCAUACGCAAUUGGUCUCCCUUUGCCCAGCAGCGCCAUCCUCAGUUGGAAGUUUUGCCACGUUCUCCACAAAGUCCUCCGCGAUGGGCAUCCAAAUGUUCUUCAAGAUUGUCAGCGAUAUCGAAGUAACAUCCGAGAAACUGGAGACCUCUGGGGCCACCUACAUGAUCGAUACGGCCAGCUCGUAAACAUUUAUACCAAACUUUUGCUCACCAAAAUCUCCUUCCAUCUAAAGCACCCCGAAUUCCCCCCAGGCCUGGAAGUGACUGAUGAAGUGCUAGAAAAGGCUGCAGGAACAGAUGUGAAUAACAUCUUUCAGCUCACAGUUGAGAUGUUUGAUUACAUGGAUUGCGAACUCAAACUGGCAGAAUCAGUUUUCAGACAGCUGAACACCUCCAUGGCUGUCUCCCAGAUGUCAGCAGUUCAGUGCCGGCUGGCUCCUCUCAUUCAAGUGAUCCAAGACUGCAGCCACCUCUACCAUUACACUGUGAAACUGAUGUUCAAGCUCCAUUCCUGUCUCCCAGCUGAUACACUGCAAGGGCAUCGUGACCGUUUCCACGAGCAGUUCCGCAGCCUCAAAAGCUUUUUCAAAAGAGCAUCGGACAUGCUGUAUUUCAAGCGCCUCAUCCAGAUCCCACGGCUGCCUGAGAAUCCACCUAACUUUCUGCGGGCAUCAGCCCUGGCCGAGCACGUGAAGCCUGUUGUGGUGAUCCCAGAAGAAGAAGCCCCCGAGGACGAAGAGCCAGAGAACCUGAUUGAGAUCAGCACAGCCCCAACUGUGGAGCAACAGCAGAAUGUGUCUGAUAUAUUUGAACAGACUUUUGGACCACCCAAUGGAAUAAGAGAUGAUAGGGAUCUCCAAAUUGAAAACCUGAAGAAAGAAGUUGAUCUUCUUCGAGCAGAGCUGGAGAGGAUUAAGCUUGAGGCUCAGAGAUACAUCACUCAGCUGAAGGCCCAGAUUAACAGCCUGGAGGCAGAGGUGGAAGAGCAGCGGAAGCAGAAGCAGAAGGCCCUGGUGGACAACGAGCAGCUCCGGGAUGAGCUGGAAAGACUGCAGAAGGCAAAGAUGGAGGGAGACAAGAGUCGAGGGCUCUACCUGGAAGCAGAAAAGAAGGCCAGCGCCACAGAAACCCGCUACACCAAGCUGAAGGAGAAGCACAACGAGUUGAUCAACACACAUGCAGAGCUCCUGAGAAAGAAUGCAGACACGGCCAAGCAGCUGACAGUUACCCAACAAAGCCAAGAGGAGGUUGCCCUAGUCAAGGAGCAGCUGGCCUUCCAGAUGGACCAAGUCAAACGGGAGUCAGAAAUGAAGUUAGAAGAUCACAUGUUGCAGAUGGAGCAGGUGAAGAGAGAACUGGAAUCUAAGAAAGAGGAAUUGGCUCAGCUUCAGCAGUCGCUCAGCCGUUCCAAGCAGGCCGGUUCAGACCUCAAUACCCAACUGGAAGCCCUCCAGGCCGAGAAGGAGACGCUGAGGAAAGUGGUCACUGAGAAGGACUGUGAGCUCAUCUCGACAAAGGGCCUGAUCCAAGAGAAGGAGCUGCUCUUGAGCCAAGAAGCAGAGAAGAGAGUAAAGGAAGUUCAGGAGCUGCAAGGGAAGCUCUUGGAAAAGAAAGGUCAGGAACAGAACCUGCAGCAGAAACUCCUGGAGGAGCAGUUCAGCAUCCUGCAAGGGACAGUGAAGGAGGCCGAGAGCAUCAUUCAGGACGCCGUUGGCAAGCUGGACGAUCCUUUGCACAUCCGAUGCACCAGUUCGCCAGAUUACCUCGUCAGCCGCGCACAAGCAGCACUGGAGUCAGCGAACGCUGUGGAAAGUGGACAUGGGCGCUACCUGUCCAACCCAGCAGAUGUCACUGGAUUGGUUGGUGCUCUGGCCCAGUUUGCCCACCUGACUGCAGACACCAUUGUCAAUGGCAGUGCCACUUCCCACCUGGCGCCCACAGAUCAUGCAGACAAAUUGACUGAAACCUGCAGGGACUGUGGACAGCAGAGUCUGGACUAUCUGAGCAAGCUGAAAGACAAACAGUCUCUCCGACAAGCAGAUCUGGCAGAUGUGAGGAAGAUACUGCAGGGACUUCUUCAGCUGGGACAGGAAUUGAGGCCCCAAAGCAUAGACAUCCGGCAAGAAGAACUUGGCGACAUGGUUGACAAAGAGAUGGCCUCCACCUCUGCUGCAAUCGAAGACGCGGUCAGGAGAAUAGAGGAAAUGAUGAAUCAGGCCAGAAUAGAGAGUUCUGGUGUGAAAUUAGAAGUAAAUGAAAGAAUCUUGAACUCUUGCACAGACUUGAUGAAGGCAAUCCGGCUUCUUGUGAUGACAUCUACACAUUUACAGAAGGAGAUAGUAGAAAGUGGAAGGGGGGCAGCAACAACGCAGGAGUUUUAUGCCAAGAACUCCCGUUGGACCGAGGGACUCAUCUCUGCUUCUAAAGCCGUGGGAUGGGGAGCAACACAGCUUGUAGAGUCUGCGGACAAAGUUGUCCUACACACAGGCAAAUACGAGGAACUGAUUGUCUGUUCGCACGAAAUCGCAGCCAGCACAGCUCAGCUUGUAGCUGCCUCCAAGGUGAAAGCCGAGAAGCACAGCAGAAACCUGGGAAAGCUCCAGGAAUGCUCGCGCACAGUCAAUGAAAUGGCCGCCAACGUCGUGGCUUCCACAAAGUCGGGCCAAGAGCAGGUUGAAGACAAAGAGACCAUGGACUUCUCUGGAAUGUCCUUAAUCAAACUUAAGAUGGAGGAAAUGGAGACACAGGUGAAAGUGCUAGAAUUGGAAAAGACCCUGGAGAAUGAGAGGCUUCGUCUCGGCGAGCUGAGAAGGCAGCAUUAUGCCUUGGCUGGUAUUGACUAUGAGACCGCAGAGGGGGGAAAACCAACAGUUGCCCGCAAGCCAGGUACCUUAAAGAAGCCUCCAGUUGCUCAGAAGCCUUUCCAGUCCCUGAAGCCAGCCUGUGAGGAGGAUGGUGUGUUCCAUGCACAUGCUGUCAACUUCUAAGGUGUAAAUGGCAAACGACUCAACGUGGGAAGGAAGAAAACAACAGCAGGAACAGAGCAAAGGGCAUGUGGGAUUCAGCUUCUAGUCAGCUUGAUUCUUCUUCCUGCUGCCUGGAGGGGUUCAGGCACUGUGCCUUGCCUGCUGUUUCCCUGCAGGCUCCAAGCAACAGAUUUCUGGGCGGAAGACUCAAAGACUGUUUGCCUUUCAACAGAGAGGGGGCUGCUCAGGAAGGCCCUGAACUAUAGACAUUCCAACACCAUUUAAAAAUGUCUGUGUUUUAAACAGAUACAGAUUGGAUAAAUCCUCAGUUGCCUUGUGUCUGGCAUUGCCUUUACACUGAAAACUUACUUCCUUGACUAAGAAAGAAGCAAAGGUACCUUUGAAUUGUAUAGAUUGACCUGAUCUGUAGUAUUAGAACGACUGCUUUCUUAAAGCAACGGUAAGCUGCCAGUUACCUAUGUGGAACACAGAUCCUAAAUGGGAAGAAAGAGGAGGGCGAGGGGAGAAAGUUUACUUUGUGGACAUCAGUUAUUUAUAAGCAAUAGGAAUAUUGUGCUGUUUUGAGUAAACGUUGGUGUACCUAUAACUGCACUACAGGAGCCUUUUUAAAGAAAUGUGAUCCCCCCCCCCUUUUAAGUCGGCUGUUUGGAUUUCUUUGUAGUGUUUAUGCUACAGGCUGAAAAAUGUUCUCCCCAGGUUGAAAACUCUGAAAAGGAUAAUCUUUUUAGACUGUCAGUUUUUGUAUACGUAUUAAAAAGGAAUAGGAUUUAUUUACUGUACAACUUCUAUAGGCACUACAAGCAGAGAAAAAGUCUACACUGGUUUAAGGGAAUAAAAUGUAAAAAAUGACAACCACCCAACUCCUUUCACAAUUAUUGAUGGAAACAGUUGUAGAGUUUGACAUUUAAUAGGGUUGGGGAGCAGGAAGAUUUGCAACUUAUAGGAAAGCUAAGGGGGUGGGAACUGAACCAAAUGCUAAAUUUUAAUAGGACUCUUUAGCUUAUUAAAAUGGAUUAAUUGCCUGAAACGUUGUUCAGUGUUCUUUUUCCUGACAUUUUUCUAGAUCAGGGGUAGGCAACCUAAGGCCGUGGGCCGGAUGUGGCCCAAUCACCUUCUCAAUCCGGCCCGCAGACAGUCCGUGAAUCAGCGUGUUUUUACAUGAGCAGAAUAUGUCCUUUUAUUUAAAAUGCAUCUCUGGGUUAUUUGUGGGGCAUAGGAAUUCGUUCAUCCCCCCCCUCCCCCAUAUACUCCGGCCCACCACAUGGUCUGAGGGACGGCGGACCGGCCCACGGCUGAAAAAGGUUGCUGACCCCUGUUCUAGAUCUUUUUUUUUUUUUACAACUAUUAAUCAGUACCACCUCCUUGAAGCUGGGUGGCUUCAACAUACGGCCUCUUCUCUACCAAGUUGUCCAGCUUGGCUUCUCCAUUUAAACCAAUAAUGAUAUUGCUGAGCAGGUACUUUACAAUUGCCAAGUUCAGUUCUUGCAGGCUGACCCUAUAUAAAGGUAUCUUCACUGGGACAUUGCUCUUGCCAAGUAUGUCUAGUAGAAUUGUAGCCAGAGCAAGAGUUCUGCUAUUGGAACUGAACCAUGGCCAUUAUUUUGGGUGCUCGUUGUACAUGCAAACUGCAAAUGACUUUAGUACCACAAAAUAAUUGUUUCUACUAGCAAAAACAACGACAUUUUAAGCAAAUA